AUGCUGGCAUUUUUGGGAGGGACAGGUCCCGAGGGAAAGGGGUUGGCUCUACGGCUGGCGAUGGCUGGAGAGUCGGUGAUCAUCGGUUCCCGGGACGCUGGUCGAGCGCAGGAAGCGGCCGACGAGUUGUUGUCCCUGGCUCCGGGAGCGAACAUCGCGGGAGCGGUGAAUUCCGGAGCGGCUUCGCAGUGCGACGUGGUGUUUUUGACUAUGCCGUACAACGGAAUGUCGCCCACGAUCGCGGGCGUUGGCGAUGCCCUGGACGGCAAGACUUUGGUAACCGUGAUCGCCCCGAUGCGCUUCGAGCGUGGUGUGGGAGCAAUAGCUGAGGAUGUUGAUGCCGGUUCUGCCGCACAGGAAGCGCAGAUUGCCGCCCCCAACUCGCGGGUGGUGGCCGCCUUCCAGAACGUGUCGGCCGAAGAGUUGCUGAAACCGGGUGUUACGCUGGAUGAGGACGUGGUGAUUUGUGGCGACGACGCCGCGGCGAAAUCCACGGUUGUUGGCCUGACGCGCAAGAUUCCUAACCUUAGACCCGUGGACGCUGGCGCUCUCUACAAUGCCCGAUACGUGGAGCAGAUCACCCCGCUUUUGGUAAAUAUUAACCGUAUUCACCGGGUGCAUUCCGGCGUGAGAAUCACCGGAGUAUAG